UGGAGACUGCAGCGUUGAUCAUUGUGCCUCACACUUUCAAACUCGUCAUUUCACAACACUGAGGCGAGGAAACGAGCCAGCGCUAUCAACACUGCUGCCCCGAGGGCUCUUCCUACUCAACUCCUGAGAGCCACGGAGGAAUCCUGGGAAUACCACGGCAAAAUGAAGAACACUAUCGAUUCGAAAACAUUUCCGAGGUUUUCUUUUUCAUCGCGUGUGUCUCGAUAAACUGGUUGACGGAUCGUACCUUCAUUUCAAGAUCACGACACCGAUGAUGAAAAUAACAUCAGACACCGCAAGCAGAUUAGCAGCGUUUAGAUAAAAAAAACUAUCUUUCCUUUAAAAUAAUAAACAGCUAAUAAACAAGGGAAAUCAUGCAGGGACGACAGGAGUGCUUAACCUUUAGUUUUACAACGAUGUAUGGACUUAAAUAAGUAUUUCGGAUUACUGGUAGGCUACAAAGCACGCCUGUUCGCGCUUCAGUCCGGAUUCGACAGGCAAGCUUCAUCCCGGUUCUGCAAAGAAACUCAACCCAAAAGUGUCGAAGAGCUCCAUGCAUUCAAAAAGGGAGAGGAGAGGAGCGCUGUCCCGUGCUGGAUGGAUGGUUAUGGGGAAAGGAGCAGCACCAUCGGCGCUACAAGUCUGCCAGUUCGUUGUUGGGUUUCUCUGUCUGUUUCCAGCAGCAACUCUGCAGUGUAAGAUCCUGAAGUGUAACUCUGAGUUCUGGGCCUCCACCUCUAGCUCUGGCCCAGAAGAGGAGUUCUGCACUGCGCUGCGAGCGUAUAACAACUGUGUCCGUCGCACUGCCCGUACAUGCCGGGGUGACCUGGCCUACCAUUCAGCCCAACAUGGUAUAGAGGAUCUUAUGAGCCAACACAACUGCUCCAAAGAAGGUCCCACUACCCAGCCUCGUGCCCGCACACCCCCACCCCCAGUCCAGGCACCACCGGACGUCAACAUUCCCUCCGACAGGCCAGAAGUGUGCCAUUACGAGCGGAGUCUACCACGUAAUGCCGCGCCACCAAAUUACACUCACUGCGGCUUUUUUGGGGACCCACAUCUCCGAACAUUCACCGAUGACUUUCAGACCUGUAAAGUUGAGGGAGCCUGGCCACUGAUUCACAAUAAGUACCUGUCUGUGCAGGUCACGAACACUCCUGUUGUGCCUGGAUCGUCUGCUACGGCUACUAGCAAGCUAACGAUCAUCUUCAAGAACUUUCAAGAAUGUGUAGACCAGAAGAUGUACCAUGCGGAGACCGACGAGCUUCCUGCUGCAUUCGCUGAUGGUUCAAAGAACGGAGGCGACCGCCAUGGGGCCAACACCUUGCGCAUAGUAGAGAAGGUGCCUGGACAACACGUGGAGAUCCAGGCACGCUACAUCGGCACCACCAUUGUAGUCCGGCAGGUUGGCCGCUACCUCACCUUUGCGGUGCGGAUGCCAGAGGAGGUGGUGAAUUCGGUGGAGGACCAGGACAACCAGGAUCUUUACCUCUGCCUGCACGGUUGCCCUGCAAACCAGCGAAUAGACUUCAGGAGCUUCAGAGCGCGGGCGGCGGAGAGCCAAGUCUUAAGCAGGGGGCGGCCAGGCGCUCCUAUUAAUGGCUUCACAUACCAGUCAGCCAUGGCCAAGUGCAAAGAACGUCUACCAGUUGAGGAUCUGUACUUCCAAUCCUGUGUUUUUGACCUGCUAUCUUCUGGGGACAUCAACUUCACUCUGGCGGCCUACUACGCCUUUGAGGAUGUUAAAAUGCUCCACUCCAACAAAGACAAGUAUCACCUCUUUGAAAAGGAUACAGUAUUCAACUCUGCCUCAGAGAAAUGGGCUUUUAGUGUCCUAAUCCUCAUCAGCCUUGUUGUCAUACAGUUGUGGACUGGCUCGUUUUCCUUUCGCCUGUAGUCCCCAUUGGACAUCCUUGUUAGAUGGUUGUAAGAUGCUGUAUGCAUGUGAAAUGCUGCUCUCACUGUGUUGUGUUACAUCUACCAGAAGCUGGGCUUCUCAGCUAGAGCCUGAGCUUCUGCUGAGGGCUUUCACUCUCGUGUGUCUUGUGUCACACCAUGGACUCAUCUCUCAUCAUCAUCACGUACGUUCAUUCAUCAGGCCAGAGCAGAAGCGUUCCUGGAGAUCCACCCAUCUCUGGGGUCAUCCUGCUGAUCUCACAACUGCUUCAUGACAGAGAACGCAGCGCUGAGAGGUCCCGAGACCUGAGUCAGAUUAAACCACCCUUGUUCCCACCAGGGUGACGUGCCACUGACAGGAGUGAGAGGGGGGUGAUCCUUUGCAGAAAGAAGAGCUUGGAGAUGUUCUUCAGUUCACUCGAUGCCAAGUGAGAGGUGAAGUAUGUCUCCCGGAGUCGGGCUAGAGGACAUGACAGGAGAUUUUAUUAAUGUUUCAAAACGCUGGAGGGACGGCAGGAGUUUUCUCUUUGAAGAAGCUCCAGCUUCAGGAAAAUGUUAGCUUUCUAGAGAAAACCCCUUGGCCAAGGCCAUAACAGACUAGUAAGUCAUGUUGUCUACAGAGAUUAACAGGCCAUAACAUCUGGCCUUUUGUAUAGUUUGUCUAUAUGUGUGUGUGCAAAAGAAAGAUGUUAUUUUGUGUGUGUGUGAAGUGUUUCAUAGUAUCUGUAUAUUGCACCCAGGGUCCUAAUAUAGCUCUGGUGUGGUGGUUCAUGGGUCAGUAAUAAGUUUUACUGCCUGCCAAGAGCUCUUUGCUACAUUUCAUAUAAAAAAGGGUGUCAGCCAUGUCAAACAGACUUUAAACUACACCCAUACUGCUUAGGUGUUAUAAUUUCGGAAAAUAUUCAUCGAAUUCCCUCCAUUGUCAAAUAGGGUGUUCAAAAUCAGCCUGAACUACUACAGAGAACAAGUAAAAGAAGUAAAAGAUAUCCACGUCAUACAAUGGUAUAGCCCAAGAAAGAGUUGUCUCUGAACACACUUGCUUCAAAUAUACACGUUCGUGGAAAAAUAUUCAUGUCAGUUUGCAGUAGGUAGCAUUACCAUCAAUGUAUAUAUCCAGGAGAGAGCCAGGUUCCUCCAUACAAUGUUUGCAGUUUGAGAUGGGACCCACAAGGUAGAUCCAUCCGUCAUCCUUACUGCUUCUUAAAGAGCACCGCCUUGCUCUCCAUUUCAAAAGGGUGUCGACGUGGCUGUGCUGUAGGCCCCGUUUAACUCACGACUCUGUAGAUCUGUGAAUUUAUGGCGAGGCGUUUUGCCAAAGAACAAGCCAUGGUGCCAACAAUUUCCCCAACAGCUGAAUUUUCCCUCUCUCUCUCGCUUUCUCAUGGGACCUUUUGUGGUUUACUUAAGUAUUUGGGCUCGAACCAGAUGUCCCGAUUGUGUAUAAUAUUGGAAGGUGCUGCUAACUACAGUGUGGUGGAUGGACCAGUGCAGGAGCUUAUGAGAACAUCUGCCACGCAUUUCUUAUAACAUUUGAAAUGGGGGCUUUUGCUCUUCAGCCAUUAGCAGGCUCAGGAUUACUGGCACGCAGUAUUGUAAAUAACAGUAGUAAUAUUGGCGAGCUGAAGUCACACGAUACAUAGCACCACUAUUUUGAAGAGUGAAACUGCACCCUUGGUAGCCUAAUAGUUUUAUAGGCCAUGUCUAGAGACUGUUGGAAAGGUCUUUAUGGAAGAUGAAGCCCAUGUAACUUCAUCAUCAUCAUCAUCAUGUCCCAUUUCUUCGAAGAACAUCAUUCACAGCUGUCACUUAUCAGUGUUUGUUUUCUCUUAGUAAAAAGUUUGGACUAUGAAAAUAUGGUUUAGAUAUGAAUUAUGCACAAAGAAUCCUCUGAGAGACUUCACAGUAAUUUAUUCUUACACUGUCAAGUUUUGCGAGCCUUACUACUGCUUAGAAAGUUGUGUUGUAGGUGCAGUUCAUGGCUUUAAAGAGACUUUUGAAAGCAUGCAAAAUGAUUGUAAUGAUUUUUGUGUUUAAGUGUGCUUGUGUUGUCAGUGCUUUUCGGAUUUAUAUGUGUAAUGUGACAUGUAUAUAAGUUUGUGUGAUUUAGUAAAUAAUAUUUUGUGCUGAUUUUUUGGUACAUCAUAGGGUGUGGUCAAAUUUACCUUUAAAUGUAAAGGGAUAUGUACACAAGCACCAGAAAACAAUACGAUAAGGGACUUACAAUCUAGUUUGCAACCAUAGUAAAACACAUCUUGUCCUUUAAGUAAAUACAAAGUAGGAAACGUGUGACUUGCGGUGUUCAUGUGUUGUUUAUUACAAAAGCACUUUAUGUUUUUAUUCUCUUUAACCUAGCUCUUACUUGGUUUUAACUUGAUGGUGAAAGAGGUUAUCAAACUUGUAAUGCUAUAAAAGAUAAAAGUGUAUGAUAACAUUUUCAAAUGUAUUAACGUUGAAUGGGAGAUACCAGACAGCUUAGUCUGUUUUUGUAUGUAGGACUAAAGCGGUGCCACACACCACCUGUAAAUACUGUAAAUUAUUUAUUAAAGAAAAAAUAAAGUGUCAUGUUGAUAUA